AAUAAACUAGAACAGGAAGGAGAACAUAAAAAAGGAAUAAAAAGAGGAAUAUUUUUGAAUAAAAACAUGGCACAAAAGAGGAAAAGGUGUCAGUGACAGGAGAGAGAGAGAAAAAGAGGUGGGGGGAGUCGAGAUACGCUCAUUCGCUCACGAGACUGGGAGAGAGGGAGAGAGAGAGAGAGCGUGUGUGUGAGCCACUAUCAUUCUUUCCUGACUCCACACGGGAACGCAGCAUCCCUGGAACACGGAAUCUUGGCGGACUGGGAAUCGGACAAUGCGUCGGAACAGAGAAUGAAAGCGGAGAAUAAAUAUGACCUUUCAUCUGUUGGUUUCCUCACUCAUCCACUAUCACUUGUUCCUAUCUUUUUUUUGUUUUUUUGAGGAGAACUUCUCCAGAGCCUCCAGUGAAAACACAUACAUAUAGAGAUAUAUCUAUAACAAUCCUAUACAUAUAUCAAUAUACAGUAUGCCUGUUUUCAUAAACAGCGUAUGGGGUACAGAAACGAGCUGAAGGAAGACAUCUUGAUUGGUUUAACGAAAACUGUAGGACUGAUAUUUUUCUGCGUGUCCGACGCUGAGAAUGACUUGUGGAAUAUCUCUGAACUGUAUUGUGAGGGAUCUCUUCCUCACCGGCAUUACGCAACAUUUGGUCCGACAGAGAUCAUGGAUACGGCUCUAUUCUAACUUGUUUAGGUUUUGAAUUGGAUUCUUACCAUCCGAGUCUGUUUGCUGGAUAUUUCUUGGGCCACACUUGAAUUUGGAAAGUGUCCAACGAGGAGGAAUCUUGUUCUGGGACACUCUAUAGUGAUGACAGCGGCGAGCGUACGGUGCGCUGAACUGGCGUGGAAAGCUUUCUCAACCUUGUUUCGUUUCCCUUGCGAAGACUGCGUUCCCUGUAUCAGCUUUUCGCUCUCGUCCGGUCAGCAUUAAACUUGGAAAAAAGCUUUUGUUAUAUGAACUAAACUUCACUGCACUGUUGCAUUCUGGGAUACACAUUGUGGGAUUACCAAAAACUGAUAAUGGCAACUCCACUCGUGGUUUUAAAUCUCUUGACUGCUCUUCUCUUGUUCAGCGGCGUUUCUCACAGCCAGAAAUCCAACGGCGCCAACGCAGGCGCGCAAUCGACCAAUCGGACGGUUGCUCCAUCCGGCGCCCCGGAGGUCACGCUCGCAACCCCCGUGUCAGAGGCAGACGACCAAUUGCCGUCUUCCGGGAGCCGUUGUUGGGGUUAUUACGAUGUGAUGGGUCAAUGGGAUCCCCCGUUUAACUGCAACGCGGGAAUCUACCUGUUCUGCUGUGGUUCCUGCUACUAUAGGUUCUGCUGCCAGUUUAAGGUUCACAGUCUGGACCAGACAUCCUGCUCGAACUACGACACACCCGUGUGGGCCAACACGGGCAAGCCGGCAGCUCCGGUUACGGAUGUUCAGGAGGAACCGGAUCGAGAUCGCACUCACAUGAUUGUGUAUAUCAUCUGUGGAGUGGUGGCCAUCAUGGUUCUGGUCGGGAUCUUCACCAAAUUGGGUCUGGAGAAAAGUCAAGGAGGGCAAACAGACAUGACCAGCUCUAGGGCCCUAACAGAACUGUUGAAACAGCCAGGCGAGGCAGGGGGCGUGGACAGAGGAGGCCACCACCCAAUCGGAUCCAACGGCAUCUCUGGCAGAUCGAUGCACAGCAAUAACGAGCACAAUCAUCUGAAUAAUUCUGCGUAUCCUCAUUUGGGUCCCGCAAUGGCCCUUUCCCAGCCCCACAACAACCUGGGCUUCAACAAAUAUUCCUCUAUGAAGUCAAUGGAAACGACAGUAAGGGAUUACUACCCCAAGAGCUACGCCAUGAUGGACUACACCCAUCGCCAGUCUUCGCCCGCGACCUUCCAACCCAUCGCCUUCCACCCCAAAGACAAGCCCUUCCUCCCUCCUCCAGACAUCCAUACACCUCUGGCCAUCACCAUCACAUCUGCUCAAGUCCCCAAGCACAAGAUCUCCAAGACCAACACUCACCCGCUCACCUCCAGCUCGGCCUUCAAAGUCUGGGAUCCCAACAAGAGCCACGUCCAACACCAAGUUCCUCUGAUGGCUCAGCCACAACCUCCGCUGUCCCAACCUAACAGUCGGCGCCAGGCCUUCUCCACCAAGCGUCAGUUCAGCAUCGAGACUCUCCCAGAAUUGUUCAACCAGCCUCUGGGGUACGGACACACGCCCAGGGUAUCUCCACAUCCCCACCCUAAACACAAGGGACUACCCACAAACAGCAAAACUGAAGUCACGGUGUGAGGCGGAAGCUUGACAAAAGAUGCAAAUGGAAGAGAGCAUGAUUAGACAUUGGAUGUUAAAGCUUCCAAAUGUGUGCUUCAGUUAUAUUUAUAUUAUAUAUCCUCCUAUUUGUUUUGUACUACAUAUAUAAUCACCAUAGAUCAAUGGAGGGACAUGUUGCAUGGUCCUGAUUCUUGAACCCACUAUCCCAAAACUCCGGGCCUAUUGUUUUUUGACUGGCCUUCAGAUGUCUGGAGCUUUCGCACCCUACAAGGCUGUCAGCUUGGAUCAGUCAGCACCUGUCACACGGCAAGAUAUUUUUCUGGCAAUUCCAGACCACAGAGGACAAAGAACAGGGAGAAAGCUUUGUGGAGCAAUAAAGGUGACGUGGGAGACGAAAGAAAGGGAGCAAUUCUGUGGGAAUGUUAAGGUACCACUGCCAAAACAACUUCGUUCAUUUGUCCUACGUGUAUCCCCUGCAAUAUCUGUGAAACUACUCAAUCCCGUUGAAUUUCUAUGAAUGUAAAUAGUUAACCUUUUGGUAAAAGCCAGGUUUGGUUUUCAAUGCUGGUAUGGGCGAGUCAAGCAUGCAUCUGCAUACCUACAUCCUCUCUUGCAUUAUAAUCCAAAUACUGGUGAUCAGUUUUAGGUAUCUGGGGAUUGCUCUAGGGACUGGAAAAGCGGUACGUCAUGGUAGCAAUAAUACCCCGGUGUCUGUCCUCUCUUGCCUGGGGCUGAUUGACUGAUAGACGCAGCUGCCAACUCACUCGCUUUACGCUGCUCCAAGCUGUUCCCAGUCAGCGUCUGGCCGUCACACUGCCACAAAACAGCAGGGGGCGCUGUAAUAGAUGAUGGGCCAUCUCUACCACACAGAUCCAAAAAUAUGUGCUCCAAUUUUGCUUGUCCAUCCUUCCGACUUCAAUCAGCAAUGCUCACGCGUUGGUAUUUUUGAAAGACGUAGACAUAUAAAAACCUAGAGGUGACACCAGUUAUCAUUUACUAGAGUUAAAUGCCAACUCUUUGUCCUUUAAAUGAUACUCUUGCAUUUGCAAACAGCUGCACCCAAACAGUAGCAAGUGCUCCGUGUUUGAACAGCCCCAGUAAGCAGCGCGAGAGAUUUUACGGUCGAUGACAUCUAAUGCAUGAGCCUCCGAGGGGCUAUUAAAGAGUGUGAAAUGUUCAAGGAUAAAGUUUAACAGAAGCGCUGCUUAGGGCUGCUGCCAAAUACAACCACAGUGUCGCGAUUAAGAGAGGAAGAGGAGGAUUAUCGAAACCCAGAAAAAUAAAGCAAUACACUACGAACGGUACAAAGGCGCCUUGUCUGAACAGUAGAUUGCAUUACAGUCAUUGCCGUACACUGUACAGCAAAUAGACCAGUAAUGGACUAUGAACCGUCUCCUACUCAUUUCGGGGAUAAUUUUAACUUCUGGAUAAGCUCCAGGGGAGAUGCUCCAAAAAUAUUCUAUGACAACAAAUGCGGUUACAGCAUGUUCCCAGGUGGCUAUUUUCAACCAUUUCAUUGGUGUGAGGUUGUACCAACACGUUCUAAUAGGCCAAGUUUCAGACAAACUAUCCUGAGCUACAACAAUGACAGUUUUGUCUCUGUGACAGUAGUUUCAAGGGCCACUUGGAGACACACAACUGCCACCUUACCGGGCACAGAGAUGCUAAACGAUACCAAGGUGAGCUAACUAAACACGGUCCACUGAACUGUUUGUAAGGUCACAGAGACUGUCUUUAAGGAACGCUUGGAAAACCGGAGCAGAUUUUCCUUUGAACAAAUCCAUGCUUCGGGCAUGUCUACGAAUUAGAAAUAUUAUCUGGUACAAACAACUUUGAAAAGGCCAAACGAGGUGAAGUAGGCACACAUUUGUCAUUUUAAAGAAACACAAGGUGUAAAUAUCAGCCAUGCGCUUUCCUCCGGCAUCAGACGGGCGUGAAUAACUCGAGCGGUUAUAUAAAACCACACAAAUAAGCUGAAUGACUGUUUCCAAUUUCUUUUUCAAAUGAAAGUGUUCUACCUGCGUUAUGAAUGCCACUGGGUAGCAUUUUAUCUUUAGCAAUACGUUAUUACUUUUUACUGUUUAUGUACAGUUUGGCAAUGUUGUAUUUUUGUACCGUAAGCGUUACUGGAACAUAAAGCCUGCUGCAGUCGACAACUAUUUGAUAGAGAUGAAGUGCUUCCGAAUUUUAACACCGUUCUCAAACUUUCCUUGUUAACUUAAAAGAUGUCUUGCCAUAUUUGAAGCUUACGCUAUAUGUAAAGAGCAUACGCUUUCUUUAGUCAUUUUCUAAAAGAUGUAUUGUAACCAAUGCUUGAAUGCCAUGCUAGUUACCUGUCGUGAGACAUGUAAUAUUGUAAUAGUGAGAAAUCACGUUUGUUCAUUUGACUUCAUAUGCACUGUACAUUUUGUCUGUAAUGCAUUAGCUAACAUGAACUUGCAAUGAGCAA